UAACGAACUGUCAUUGAACAUAUGUUACCUACGAAAGUAGUAGUGAUCACUGUAAGUAAAGAAUUACAAAAGCCAUUACGUUCGCAGUCUACUUUGCAAUCGAAAUAAGUUCUCCCUCUGCGAUGCGCUUCUGCGCGUAAAGCCUCUGUCCCAUCUAGAUUCCACAGACUGCUUGGUCAGUAACACUCAAGAGCCAGAUAAGAACGACCCAAUCGUGAUAAAAUUGUAUCUGAAAUGAGACAGUUAGAGGAGAAAACAUUUCGCGCUACCGCAUAUUCCGAUAGAAACGAAAUUGCUCUAAAUUAUUCGAUAAAAAUCGGCCGUGGAAUAUUGAGAGUGAUCGGCGCUUGGCCACUCUAUAAAGAAAAUUCAAAUGUCGAAAAAAUCUAUAGCUAUUUUGUAAAUUUCUUUUGUUACUUUCUCUUUACCUUUAUACUCGUACCAGGGUUACUUCGAAUUUUCUUAAUAGAACAUAAUACACGCAUAAGGCUUAAGAUCUUUGGUCCUCUUUGUACGUGUUCGAUAAAUGCUACGAAAUAUAGUAUAUUAAUAACGCGUGGGAAAAAGAUUCAAGAGUGCAUGAAACAUAUAAGGGAGGAUUGGAAAAAGGUAGUGUUGGAAAAGGAUUACGAAUCAAUGAUGUCGCAUGCCAAGGUCGGAAGGACUUUGGCGGUGAUGUCAGCCUCUUUUAUAUAUGGCGCUGGAAUGUCCUACCGUACUAUUUUGCCUCUCUCAAAAGGCAAACACAUCGUCGGUAACCUCACAAUAAGACCCAUUGCAUGUCCGAGUUACUUCGUAAUAUUCGAUGAGCAAAAAUCACCAGCUUACGAGCUUGUCUUUUUUGGACAAUUUCUUGCUGGCUUCGCCGUCUACUCGGUAGCUUGUGGCGUUUGUGGUUUAGCGACCUUUCUGAUCAUGCAUGCGUGUGGCCAACUUGAAAUUCUUAUGAGAAUGAUGAGAGACAUUGUCGAUGGGAAAGACGACGUCGAUGAUACUGACCCGGAUACGCGUAUCGCCGAGGUAAUUAGACAUCAAAUCCGAUCCAAGAAUUUCGUAAAGGAAGUAGAAGGGAUUCUGCAGUACAUGUGCAUGGUAGAGAUCUUGGGUUGUACUAGUCUCGUUUGUCUUGUUUUGUAUUACGUUAUCAUGGAGUGGGAAAAUAGUGAUACGACCGGAUUAAUUACAUAUUUCAUUUUUCUCCUAUCUUUCGCCUUUAACAUGUUUAUUUUUUGUUACAUCGGCGAGCUUCUUUCGGAACAGGGUGCGAAAGUGGGAAUAACUUCUUGUACUCUUGAAUGGAAUCGUCUUCCGACGAAAAGCGCUCAAAGCCUAAUAUUGAUAAUAUUAGCGUCGAAUCAUCCGAUAAAAAUCGUAGCUGGUAAAUUGAUGGACAUGUCACUCAGUAAUUUCAAUAACAUAAUUAAGACCGCGGUCGGAUACUUCAACAUCCUUCGAAGUAGUAUCUAAUAUGGAAAUCAAUGACCGAAAUUGCAAUUUUUAUAGUCACAAAUCGAGCGAUUUGAAUAGUUGCAAGUUUUGUAAAAUAUUAAUGAAUAUGCGACGGUAGUUUAAAUGAAUUAUAAUAAAAGUAGAAACAAAUUUGUUUCGGUUAUUUCUUAGAAUAAGAGCGUAUAGUUAUAAAAUUAAAAAAUCUUUACUAUUAUACGCCUGGCAAAGUAAAUAAUCCUCGUUGUUGGUGCACAUUGAAGACGUAUUAAAAAUAACACCUUCGACAUUGUAUUCCUCCAUAAUGUCCCAUCCUUAUCCAAUCAUUGUAUUGUACUGUUCUUCGAUCGUCCAGUCUAAUAACGUCUUGUAACUGGCAAGCGUAAAUACGUACUCUCUGUCACCCUAAGAGACAAAAGGAGGGCUGCACCCUCCCUAAACCGCGCCUAAACCGUUCCCAUCAGUUUUGCCUGA